AUGUCUUGCUCCAGCCUGUGCUAUCCAGAAUGCGGGGUGACCCAUCCCAGUCCAGUUUCUGGUAGCUGCAACGAGCCGUGCGUUAGGCAGUGCCCUGACUCUGAAGUGAUCAUCAAACCAUCACCGGUUGCUGUAACCCUCCCAGGACCAAUUCUCAGCACUCUCCCUCAGCAGAGUGAAGUUGGAGCCAUUGGAGCACCUAUGGUUGUACCCGGCUAUGGGGGCUCAUUCGGUGUGGGAGGAUUGUACGGCUAUGGAGGCUGUUACAGAGGAUUGUAUGGUUACGGGGGAUUAGGUGGUUAUGGGGGCCAUUAUGGUUAUGGUGGAUUGUGUGGUUAUGGUGGACUGUGUGGUUAUGGGGGAGGUUAUGGGGGACUCUGUGGUUAAGGGGGAGGUUACAGUUAUGGAGGAUUAGGUGGUUAUGGGGGAUUAUGCGGUUACGGAGGAUAUGGCCAUAGGUAUCACAAUGGAUACUACUUCAGCUCCUCGGUCAACUGGGUUUACCUCCAUCACAGAAAGAUGUCUUGCUCCAGCCUGUGCUAUCCAGAAUGCGGAGUGGCCCGUCCCAGUCCAGUGUCUGGCAGCUGCAAUGAGCCGUGCGUUAGGCAGUGCCCUGACUCUGAAGUGACCAUCCAGCCACCAUUGGUUGUCGUGACCAUCCCAGGACCAAUUCUCAGCACUUUCCCUCAGCAUAGUGAAGUGGGAGCUGCUGGAGCACCUGUGGUCGGACCUGGCUAUGGAGGCUCCUAUGGUUUGGGGGGAUUGUUCGGCUAUGGAGGCAAUUAUGGAGGAUUGUAUGGUUUCGGGGGCCGUUCUGGUUAUGGGGGCCUUUCUGGUUACGGGGGAGGUUACGGAGGAUUGUGUGGUUAUGGGGGAGGUUAUGGUUAUGGGGGAUUGAGUGGUUACGGGGGCCGUUAUGGUGGACUGUGUGGUUACGGGGGAGGUUACAGAGGAUUGUGUGGUUACGGGGGAGGUUACGGUUAUGGGGGAGCAUGCGGUUCUGGGGUAUCUUGCCAUAGGUACCUGAGUGGAAGCUGUACACCAUGUUAA